AAAACACCGUAUAAUUGUGGUUACCUGCCGAUUAUCUAUAAAUAACCUAAAUUUUUAAUGACAAUUAAAUAAUUUUUCGCUUUCUCUGCUUCUCUCUCUCCGGCCCACAACGCCUGCCCACCCCCUCUCUAAUGCUAACUCCCAUUUACAGUGAAUAAGAGCCGCCGUAAUAGGAGCAGAUAUCGCUGGAAGUUUGACUUAGGGUUCCGGCGAUGGCAUCAGAGGACGUGAAGACAGGAGAUUCUGCAGUUUCGACAAUCGUGAAUCUGGCUGAGGAGGCGAAGCUAGCAAGAGAAGGUGUAAAGGCGCCAAGUUAUGCGCUUCAAAGUAUAUGCAAGUCUCUAAUUGCUGGUGGAGUUGCUGGAGGAGUGUCACGUACUGCUGUUGCUCCAUUGGAAAGAUUAAAAAUUCUUCUGCAGGUUCAAAAUCCACACAGUAUAAAAUACAAUGGUACAAUUCAGGGCUUGAAAUACAUAUGGAAAACUGAAGGUUUCAGAGGAAUGUUUAAAGGCAAUGGCACUAAUUGUGCUCGCAUUAUUCCAAAUUCAGCAGUCAAGUUCUUUAGUUACGAGGAAGCAUCCAAACGCAUACUAAUUUUUUACAGGAAGCAAACUGGAAAUGAUGAUGCACAGCUUACUCCUCUUUUACGUCUUGGAGCGGGUGCAUGUGCUGGAAUUAUUGCCAUGUCUGCAACUUACCCAAUGGACAUGGUUCGGGGUCGGCUAACUGUCCAGACAGAAAAGUCUCCUCGCCAGUAUAGAGGAAUCUUUCAUGCUCUUUCAACUGUCCUCAAGGAAGAAGGUCCUCGGGCUUUAUACAAAGGAUGGCUGCCUUCGGUCAUAGGAGUAAUACCAUAUGUGGGUCUAAACUUUGCUGUGUAUGAAUCACUGAAAGACUUCUUACUCAAAUCCAAACCUUUUGGACUAGUUCAAGACAAUGAGUUGGGAGUGACAACAAGGCUUGCAUGUGGAGCAGCUGCUGGAACUGUCGGCCAGACAGUUGCUUACCCUCUUGAUGUUAUCCGGCGAAGAAUGCAAAUGGUGGGCUGGAAGGAUGCUGCUUCAGUUGUCACUGGUGAUGGGAAAAGUAAAGCGCCUCUUGAAUACACUGGUAUGAUUGAUGCCUUCAGGAAAACAGUUCGGCAUGAGGGAUUUGGGGCACUGUAUAAGGGUUUGGUCCCCAAUUCAGUGAAGGUGGUCCCGUCGAUAGCAAUUGCAUUUGUGACGUAUGAGUUGGUGAAGGAUGUUCUUGGAGUCGAGGUGAGGAUAUCCGAUUGAAGUUAGAGGAAUUGUUAGAUACAGUUAAACUGCUCUUGCAGGAGGAGGACGGAACAUUAGGAGAAGAUGAGUAGUUCACGAUUAUCUCAUAUCCAGCUAGAGUGGAAAUUUGGAGGCCCACAUAUCAUGCUCGUCCCAUCUAAACCCGUAUUAGUUCUUAGAUUACUUUUCUUAGAUGCUAUAGCAAUGAAUAAGUAUUUGUGAGGAAGCGAGUUUCUAGAGAAUUAAAAGUUACGCUUGAUCUAGUUCUCUCUGGACGAUCAUUUACAAUUUGAUAUUCUUUAUAUAUACUUUUGCUUUUCUAUUUCUA